AUGCUAUAUAUUCGGGCGAACCGUAUAAUAUUACGUCCCUUCUAUCGCGCACCGAGAACAACUUCGUUGUCGCUUCCCCGGUCCAUGUCAACAACCCCUCCGCGGAAGGCAAUGCCUUCAGCAUUGACCUUUGACCUGCAUCGCAAGUGCUCUACUACAAAAGCCCGCGCUAGCACCCUCCACCUCCCUCAUGGCUCCGUUCCUCUGCCGAUCUUUAUGCCAGUUGCAACGCAGGCCUCCCUCAAAGGCCUUACAUACGACCAACUAAAACAGACUGGAUGUAUGCUAUGCCUAAAUAAUACGUAUCACUUAGGGCUGAAGCCUGGACAGGCGGUAUUGGAUGAGGUAGGAGGAGCACAUAAAUUGCAGGGAUGGGAUCGGAAUAUUCUGACGGACAGUGGGGGGUUCCAAAUGGUCUCUUUACUAAAACUUGCAAAUGUUACGGAGGAAGGAGUUCGGUUUUUGAGUCCCCAUGAUGGUACUCCCAUGCUACUCACCCCGGAACACUCGAUUUCCCUCCAAAACUCCAUUGGCUCCGACAUUAUCAUGCAGCUUGACGAUGUGAUUGCGACGACCUCACCGGAUCAUGCACGAGUCCAUGAGGCAAUGGAGCGCUCGGUCCGUUGGCUGGACCGAUGCAUUGAAGCUCACAAAAACCCAGCGUCGCAAAACCUAUUUUGCAUUAUCCAGGGUGGCCUGGAUUUGGAAUUGAGAAAACAGUGUUGUGCGGAGAUGGUCGCUCGAGAUACGCCCGGAAUCGCUAUUGGGGGCCUUUCAGGCGGAGAGGCAAAGGAGGAGUUCUGCAAAGUAGUCGAUACCUGCACCGGUCUCCUUCCGGAUAAUAAGCCACGAUAUGUAAUGGGCGUGGGGUACCAGGAGGAUUUGGUUAUAGGUGCCGCCCUCGGCGCAGAUAUGUUUGAUUGCGUGUGGCCAACCAGAACUGCCCGCUUCGGAAACGCCGUGGUCUCCACAGGGAAUCUCAACCUUCGGCAUGCAUCAUUUGCGCAUGACUUUAGGCCUGUCGAAUACGGGUGCGGCUGCAUGACAUGUAAACCUAGAGAGGAAGGGGGGCUCGGCAUUACGAGGGCAUAUGUCCACCACCUGGCGUCUAAAGAGACGGCCGGAGCUCACCUUCUUACAAUACACAAUGUGCAUUACACCCUUAAUUUAAUGGGGAGGGUACGACAAGCCAUUUUAGAUGAUCAAUUCCCAGCUUUCCUUAAAGGUUUCUUCUUGAAGUUGUACGGAGAGAAGACCAAGAUUCCCGCUUGGGUAGUGGGUGCCUUGCAGGGGGUAGGGGUUUGUUUACUAGAAGAUUAA